CAAAGUCCGGAAGGCAAAAAAAGAAGCAAGCCAUCGCAUGGCUUUCUGGGAGUUGUAGUUCUACAUUUUAUUUUGCUUUCCGGUUGCUGCUGUGUUCUCUCGGAAAAGGGCCCCGCGGAAAAAGCAGUCCUCCGGGACGCUAGGGGGCGGUAAAACCGCGCGGGUUUCCUUUGCGGCUGGCGCGGGGGAUAAAGGAAGAGCCACGAGAGGCCUCGUGCUUGCGUGGGCUGGAGGGUGGGAACAGGGCUUGUGUGGGAGCUGCUGCUGCUGCUGCCAGUCGCUGGCCUUCCAGGUCCUUGGUUCUUAGUGCUCUCCCGGGAACCCCGCCAAGAUGUUCAAAAAGUGAGUAAGGGGCGGGCAGGAAACGUGGGCAGGAUUUUGACACCCGAAGGCCUCACAGCCUGGGGCUCUCUGGCUGUUCACAGAGGGAUCCUGGGCAUGUUAGUUCAGAAUCGAGCCCCUCCCUCACCGUUCUCCUCAAAGAAAAUAUGCCUAGGAUUUCAUGUCUUUUUUUAUUUUUACUGCUGAUGACCUUAAAUAAAGCAUACUCAGGAGUAUGACCUGCCAGAAUCAAAUGGACUCAAGUUGCUUAAAACCACAGACUCUGCAUUCGCACCCUCGGGUGUGACUUAAUCUUUUAUGUACUGUGUUUUUUUUAUUGCCCGAAGUGGUAUCUGUGUACAUCGGGAAGUCUCCUCUGAAAAUCUUGUUCCCUUUGGCAGAUUUGAUGAAAAGGAGAAUGUGUCCAACUGCAUCCAACUAAAAACGUCUGUUAUUAAAGGCAUUAAGAACCAGCUGAUAGACCAGUUUCCUGGGAUCGAACCAUGGCUAAACCAAAUUAUGCCAAAGAAAGACCCUGUGAAGAUAGUACGUUGGUCAGUAUUUCCUUUCACACUGUUUUCCAAGUAAUAUUGGUCUAUUCAUGUUUGCCGGUAAUAAUAUCCAGUAAUCCUGGAAUAUUGCUCUGUCAUGGUUUUUAUUUAGAUGAGUGGAUGUAAAUAUUGAAAGAGUUAAACCAUUUAGUUUUGAGGAAUACAUGAAAUAAUGCAGGCAUGCACAGUCUGAAAUAUUCACUUCCUUAUUGCUCAGAACUGUGAAAUUUCUCAUAAAUUUUGUAUCUUCCAGUCAUGAACAUAUAGAAAUCCUCACAGUAAAUGGAGAAUUGUUGUUCUUCAGGCAAAGGGAAGGACCAUUUUAUCCCACGCUCAGAUUACUUCAUAAAUGUAAGUGUGUUGGAGAAGACAUGUUGCGUUGCAGUUGAAAGAGUGCAGCAGUGAGGUUGUCAUAACUAUUAAAGCAUGCAAUUUUUUCUGCACUCUGAUAUAUGUAAAUAGGUGGCUUCAUAACUACAAGUGAGAAGUGAAAAGCCUACUGGCUCACUGCUUUGUAUCUGUAUUAAGUUGUACAUUCUCCAGUGUUUUCAGUUGCUGUAUUGUGCAUUAUGGGUAUAUUCAUAUACCACUGAUGUGCUCUUCUGCUUAUGUCCUUUAUUUUGUUUAGUGUGCAACAGCUGCCUGCCCAUUGCAUUACAUAUUUAUACUUCCCUUUUGCUUGCCUCCAACUUAUACUUUGCCUUUUUGAUUCAGUUAUCUUCCUCCAGUGCAUCCACUAAGUUGAGGGGAACAGAAGGUUAGCUACUACAGUUAGAGAGUGUAAAGCAGGGGUCAGCAAACUUUUUCAGGAGGGGGCCAGUCCACUGUUCCUCAGACCUUGUGGGGAGGGUGGACUAUAUUGGGGGGGGGGAAUGAACAAAUUCCUAUGCCCCACAAAUAACCCAGAGAUGCAUUUUAAAUAAAAGCACACAUUCUACUCAUGUAAAAACACCAGGCAGGCCCCACAAAUAACCCAGAGAUGCAUUUUAAAUAAAAGGACACAUUCUGCUCAUGUAAAAACAUGCUGAUUCCCAGACUGUCCACGGGCUGGAUUUCGAAGGCGAUUGGGCCAGAUUUGGCCCCCAGGCCUUAGUUUGCCUACCCAUGGUGUAAAGAAACAUGGAGGUGGAUAAAAAGAGAGAAUUACUACCUGUUCAAUAUGUGUGCAAUUGCCACAACCCGGAAAUGGCCAGAAAAGGGGUGGGAGUGGAGAGGGCUUAUGCUCACUCCACUGACAUUUGUGGGGGUCAGGAAUGUAACCCCUGUACAAAAUGGUCAUUGCCUGCUUUAAUUGCUGGUUUUGAACAGUGAGGGUUUGCAGUGCUUACUAUUAUAUUAUUUAUUACAUUUCCUUAUUAGCCUUCAUCUGAGGAUCACCAGGCGGUUUACAAUAUAGAGAAACAAAAAUACAUAAGUUAGUAACAAAGAAAUAUAAUACCUCCCAGUUUAAAAGGCCAUAGGUUGUUUAAUUAGCCAAAGGCCUGGCUGAAGAGGAAUGUUGUUGCCUGGAGCCUAAAGCUAUGUAACAAAGGCACCAGGCAAUUCUCCCUGGGAAGAGCAUUCCACAAGCGGGGAGCCAUCACAAAAAAGGCCCAUUCUCAGGUUACCACCCUCUGGACCUCUUGUGGAGGAGGCACACAAAGAAGGGCGUCAGAUUACGAUUGCUGGGUCUGGGUUGGUUCAUAUGGAAAGAGGCAGUCCUUGAGGUAUUGUGGUCCUGAGAUGUUGCUUUAUAGGUCAAAACCAGCACUUUGAAUUGGGCACGGAAACUAACUGGUAGCCAGCAGAGUUGUGAAUGAAUUGUUCCUUUUCUGCUGAAGGCUUUUUAUGACUGCUUUUUUCAGUUUCAUGACUUCUUUUUCUCAGUGUCAUAGUUUAUUUCGUAAUUUGUUUACAGAAUUAACAUGAACGAUCAUGCAAGCUGCUUUGAAAAUACCUAAUUGAAAUAAAUGUUUGAAUAAAUCGAUUUAAAUUUCAUCGAUAUGUAUUAAGAUUAUAAAUACCUAAAACCUACCAAGUGUAAGAUCACUUUUUAGAGAAUACAUGGAAGUGGUGGAGUAUUUUGCUGGUGACACCAUUUUUCUUCCAAUACAACUUCAUGUAUCUUUAAAGUACACGUUUGUAUAAUCUAAAUGACGACUGUAUUACAUGUUCAGAUAACAGUCAGUGUUGUAUCUGUUCUAAUUUUCCCCUGCCCCUUCUCAGAUCCAUUCAUUCUACCACAUCAACAAGUUGAUAAAGGAGCCAUUAAAUUUGUACUUAGUGGAGCAAAUAUCAUGUGCCCUGGUCUGACGUCUCCAGGAGCUAAACUUUAUCCAUCUGCUGCUGAUACAAUCGUGGUAUCCUUGGAUAGCUGCCCUGUGUUGCUCAAUAUUUCUUUUUCAAUGUAGCAUCUGACAGGGCAAGCUGUACUGAACAUAAAGGGUUAGGGUUUUUUUUAAAGUUGCAUUAAAUGUUUAGGUUUUAUAGUUCAGUGUGGUCAUCUUUCCACAUAAAUGUUGACACAACUUGGGGGGACAGCAAACCAUUGGAUGAUUGUAGAGGGUCCAGAGACUGGAUUGGGUGAACUCCUUCCUCUACCUUUCCCUUGCAUGCUUUGACUUCUUAGUUUGUUAGCUUGCUACUUAGUUUGAUGUGAGCUGCUUUGUGAGACAAUAUUUAUGUCUGAAAAGUGUGAUUAAAAAUACAAGUAAAUUGGGUGCACAUAGUUGGUUGCUUGGAUGCGAAAGGGUUGAGGUUUUAGGGAUUGAGAGUCUUGUAUUUUUCAGUGCCUCUAGCUAUACUAUAAACCUAAAUGUUCCAUAGCUACAGGGAAAGGUUAGUUGCUUCAGCACGCUAUUCUUGUGACCAUUUUGAAAUAGUGUUUCCCUUGUUAGUCUUUCUGCUGCUGUUCUUGUUGUCUUUUUUCAUACUACAUAUCAGAUGUUUUCCUUAGCUGGUGAUUAUAGGCAAUAAUGGCCGAAGGAAAGCAACAUGCCCUGUGUGUUGGAGUCAUGAAGAUGUCGGCAGAGGAUAUGUGAGUUAAUUUUCUAAGAAAAAUAAUGUACCUCUUUACUGUCAUUGCCUGUUUUAGAGUGGGGUAGCUCAGGCCAACAUGAAGGACUUGGGGAAAACUUCAGACUUAUUUUGACUCAGACCCACAAACUCAUCCAGCUGCCACAGUAACAUGGAAAUGUAGCAGUAAUAGUAGCAGUAGGUAAUACAAUAAAUAUACUUUCUGCCAAGAUACCCAAGAUGGCUUAUAGUUCUCAAAUACUAAAGCAACUGGUCCAAAAUGUAGAAUAAAAUUCUCUCAGGCUGUUGGUGCUCCCUUGAGGAGCUGAUGCGAUCCACAGCAUCUACCUUCAAAUAGGUCUUUCAUUGUUUUUCACAUCUCUGUGAAUAUCUAAUAUUGUCUGGUGAUCAUUCAUGAUGGUGUUGGCCCAGCCUUGUAAAUAAGUCCACAAAAGUUGCUAAGCUGUGAAGUUACCUUUUGCACUAAUUUGGUACAGCUGGCACCAAGAGUUCCUGUAUGUCCACUCCCAUGUCUGCAUUUGGCUGCAGAGGAGGAGAUGUCUCUCCUUGGGCAGCCUGCUUGGUUCUCUUCUGGGUGCAGAAGAGCAUUGGAAUGCUUUCUCUUUCUCUCUUUCUACCAGCCCACUUGCUUGCAUGCAAUUCCAUGUCAAUGUCACAUAUGACUACCAGGUGAACGCUUAAAUACAAACUUGCAUUGUCCUUUUCCAUUACUGAAUGACAAGGCUCUUCCCAUCACCUCCAGUGUUUCACUUUAAAUUUGUUCUUCUAUUUCCAAAAGUAUUGGAAAGAAGCAUGCAUUAGUGUCAUAUUUCAGACAAGUCUCAUCUGAUAGAAGUUGGAUUUUAACAAAGAAAAAUUACUAACAUGAUUAUGAUGCUGAUAAUGAUAAUGCUGUCACUUUAUCUUGCCCUAGGCAACACAAAGCAACUUAAAACCAAACCAAACAUAACCAAAACUGAGACAUACAGGCAACUCUCUGUUUACGUGUGUUCUAUAUGUGUGUGACUGUUUUAUGCAUAUCAUGCCAAACCUGGAAGUGACCCAGAAACAACAUAAAGCUUUCACUGAAACAUCACUAAAAGGGCAGGGCAGAACAGGGAAUUUGCUGGCUUUUUCAAUGGGUUUGUUAUACGUGAUUUCACUGAUGUGCGUGGUGCCACACAAUGUAACCCCCAUGCAAAUGGGGCCUGCCUGUAUUCAAUUAUUGCAUAGAUUUCCAAGUCUAGCAGAAUUAUAGGUUUCAUUGGAAUCUUUUAUUAUCCAAAACAAAGCAGUAGUUCCUUAUGGGUGUAAUUCAACUGCAUAUCAGUAAUAGGAGUACUGUAAAUUAAUUUUCUGAUCUAGGUUGAAAGCUCUCCUCCCCAAAGGAAGACUUUAGGUUUUUCUCCAUUUACAUAAUUGUUCGGAAAACCCAUAAAUUAUUCACUUUUCAUUGGUUGCAACUGUACAUCCUCUCCUCUUUUUUUCUUUAAGUGGCAACUAAAUAGUGAAAUGAAGCUCUUAGAUGAAAUGUGUAUUUGCAAUCUGUUUCAUAAAAGAUGCAUAUACUCAAAACUAAGAUCCAGACAUGGAAUGUGGGCUUAACUAUGAGUUUUGAGAUUUCCCACAAAAAUGAAAUGUCCUCAGCUAUAAAUUUCCUCAGCCAGGAUUUUGAAGUAUAUGCCUUAAUAACAUUCUAUUGCACUUUUACUGCUAGCAUUCUCUGAGCCCUUGAACAAAUAUGAUGAUGGAUAGAUCUUUUGUGGCUGGCUAGAGAGUUCGGGGAAUCUUUUAUUAUUACAUGAGAUUGUGCCAUUUAUAUCCCUUCCAAUGAACUCAAGGUGAUGUACAUAGUCCUCUUCCCCACCCUUCCAUUUCCCCCCUCUCAGCAACCUGAUGAUGUGUGUUGGGCUGAGAGAUGGCAGUGUCACCUGGUGAACUUUAUGUCUGGUGGGGCUUUGAACAUGGGCCUCCCAGGACCUAAUAUUGGCAGUAACCAGCACACCAUGCUGGUUUUGCACAGAUCAGUAACUGGAGUUCCUUGCUCAGGUGAUUUGCAAAACGAAUUGCCUUCCAGACCAGCAGUAGAUGUUCAUCCAAAUCUUCUUUCAAUUGCAUCUGUUAAUAAGUGGUGGCAGUACUCCAUAUUAUUUAAUAAGAGGGGCUGUAGCUUAGUGGUUAAGCUUCUUAUGCAGAAGGGCCCAGGAUCUUGAUAAAAGGAUCUGAAAUAGUGCUGGAAGAAAAUCUUUGCCUAAGAGCCAUGUCAGUCACUGUGCUUUAGCUAGCUACGUUAUAGUAUACCUAUUGGCCUUAGGUUAGUCAUGUCCACAAAUUUUGAAGGGUCUACUCCAAGUAUGAUGUAGUUUGGUAUAACACAGCGUUGGCAAGAUGGACCAAGUAAUCUGUUUUAGUAUACAACAGUUUUAAAUUACUGUAUUUACUCAAAUGUAAUUUUUUGGCCAAAUACACCACGAAAAUUAGGGUGUGCAUUAGAUUCAAUGGCGCAUUAGAUUUACAUAAAUACAGUAUGUAAUCUGAUGUAUGAUGGUGAUCAAAUUAACUCCCCUGCUUCCCUCUCAUCAACUAUCCUUCCCUAUAAACUAUUAGGAAUGUUUGAACAAGAAAAAAAUGCACUCAAAAUUAUAAAUAAUAAAAAGAGCAAGUUUUCUGCUGAGACAGGAUUAAUAUGCUGGAAGGAGGGAGGAUGAUUCACAGUUCUUAUGCUUUAAAAGUGUAAAAGACACCCAAGGUGUGUAUGUGUUUAUAAAAAGUUCUCAAUGUAGCCAUUUCCCCCCCAAAAUAAAAUGCCCAUAGUUUUGAGAGUUGUUAUUAAGGAUCAAUGGAAAAAGUAUUUGUCUUAAUUUAACAAGUUGGUGUGAAGGCUAGUCCUGUUAGUUUACAUUCUAAAUACCUAUCCUGGAGAUCUGGAAAUCAAUGUUUGCUAUUAUCUUCCCCUCCUUUCCUCUGCAGUGAGAAGGUCAACAAAGGAAUUGGCAUUGAGAAUAUCCACUAUUUAAAUGAUGGUCUCUGGCAUAUGAAGACGUAUAAGUGAAGCAGCAGGAAGAAUCCAUUGCCUUUCAUCUUGGCCUGUUUUUAAUUCUUCUUUUAAAAUGUGUGAUUAAAUGUAAACUUUGUGGUGAUGCUAAAUAAAUCAAGUGAAUGCUGAAAUAUCAUCAGCUGAG